AUGGUCGCUGUUCGCUCGUUCCUUUUCCUCCUCAUCUUCCUCUCCUCCCCUCACCUCUCCCUCUCCUUGUCACAAGAACAAGAAGCUCUUUUGAAGCUCAAGAAUUCUCUCUCUCCUGCAGACAAUCCCUUGGACAACUGGGAACCAAACACCUCCCCGUGUAACGACAAAUGGGCUGGCAUUGUCUGCAACGAAGAUGUCAUCACUGGUCUCCAUUUCCCCAACAUGGGUCUCUCCGGAAAUAUUGACAUUGAUGCAUUGAAAGACAUUCCUACCCUCAGAACCAUUAAUAUCAUGAACAACAAAUUCUCAGGUCUGAUUCCAGAUUUCCACAAGCUUGGUGCAUUGAAAUCCUUGUUUUUGGCGGGAAAUGACUUCUCCGGUGAAAUCCCAAAAGACUACUUUUCCAAUUUGACGUCGUUGAAGAAAAUUUACCUCAACGGUAACAAUUUCACAGGAAAAAUCCCAGAGUCAUUGACCCAAUUGACCAAGCUAGAACAACUUCACUUGGAGAAAAACCAAUUCACAGGCCCUAUCCCGAAUUUAAAAUCAGGAGUAUUGAACUCACUCGACUUUUCGAAAAACAAACUACAAGGUCCUAUCCCGGAAACCCUAUCGAAAUUCGACCCCAAGGCGUUUGAAGGAAACGAAGGACUAUGUGGCGGGCUACUCAAGUUAUCAUGCGGGCCGCCUCCAACACCGUCAUCUCCUCCACCAGAAUCCCCAUCAAAGUCACCACCCUCGACGCCGCACUCGACUCCAUCUAAGAAAGAGGAAGAUAAAAGAUCAAAAACCAUCAUCAUAGUCAUCAGUGUCAUUGCAUCUAUCAUGGUUCUACUCCUGCUUUACGUGCUGCUCACAAAGAAGAGGCGAAAACCCGAGGACGAUUUCAACGUGCUCGGCAAAGAACAGAUCAUGGAUGACCAUCGUAAUGUACAGGAGCAGGUGGUUGACGUUCAUGUUCCAAGCACCACAAAUCGCAGCGUGAGAAGCACGAAUGAGUCAAAUCGUAGCACGGAGGUCAACCAAAGCAAUAGCAGAAAAGGUGGCGGGGACUCGAAGAAGGGGUCCAAUCAUGGGAAAAACGGCAUGAACGAGCUUUUGAUGGUGAAUGAGGAAAAGGGUACGUUUGGAUUGCCGGAUUUGAUGAAGGCAGCGGCGGAGGUUUUAGGGAAUGGAGGGUUGGGAUCAGCUUACAAGGCGGUGAUGUCUAAUGGGUUUUCGGUGGUAGUGAAGAGGAUGAGGGAGAUGAAUAGGUUGGGGAGAGAUGGGUUUGAUGCUGAGAUGAGAAGGUUUGGAAGAUUAAGACACAAGAAUAUAUUGACUCCUUUGGCUUACCAUUAUAGGAGAGAGGAGAAGCUGUUGAUCUCAGAAUACAUUCCUAAGGGCAGCUUGCUAUACGUUCUGCAUGGUGAUCGUGGAAUUUCUCAUUCGGAGCUGAAUUGGUCAACCCGUCUGCAGAUAAUUAAAGGAAUUGCAUGUGGAAUGGGAUUCAUCCACACAGAGUUUGCAUCCUAUGACCUGCCCCAUGGAAACCUAAAGUCCAGCAACAUUCUACUAAAAGAAGACUAUGAGCCCGUCCUCAACGACUAUGCCUUACAUCCCCUCAUAAACCCUAGCAAUGCUGCACAAUCCAUGUUCGCUUUUAGGACCCCAGAGUACAUAGAAUCCCAGCAAAUAUCUCCGAAAGCCGAUGUAUACUGCCUUGGAAUUGUGAUCCUUGAAAUCCUCACCGGGAAGUUCCCAUCUCAGUAUCUGAGCAACGGGAAAGGCGGAACCGACGUUGUUCAGUGGGUCCAAUCAGCCAUGGCUGAGCAAAGAGAGCAAGAGUUGCUAGACCCAGAGAUAGCAAGUGAGACAGAUUCAGUGGAUCAAAUGCUGCAGCUUCUGAUGGUUGGAGCUGAUUGCACUACGAGUGAGCCUGAGCAAAGGCUUGAUUUAAGGGAAGCCAUUAGGAGGAUUGAAGAGGUACGAGUUUGA